AUGAUAUCAAAUUGGAUGCAAAAUUUGACAAAUUCAAAUAAUAGUAAUAUUACAAAUAAUAAAUCUACUGUAAAUAAUUUAAAUACCUUUAAUACACAACAAUUGGGAAAUCAAAAUGUCUCCCAGGUUAAUUCUAUGAUGGAUUUUGUUUCAAAUAUUAAUAUGAAUGAUAAACAAACAAUUACAAUAACUAUGCAAUUUGGUAAUGUUAAAGAAACAAUGAUAUUAGUUCGAAACUGUGAUUCAGAAAGUUUUGAAAAUUUAAAAAAAAAAGCAAGAUUACUAGCUGAAAGUGCAUUAUAUGAUAAUAAUAUUAAUGUAUCAAAUAAUAGUGAUUUAUAUUUAUUUGUUCAUAAUUAUAAUGCUCCAAAUAUGUUACAACAUUUAUCAUCACUUGAUCAAUUGGAUAAUGGUUCUGUUGUAGAAGUUAUUAGAAUUGAAAGAAAUGAAAAACCAACAAAACCUCAUACAUUAAAUGUUAAUUCAUAUAAAAGUCCCACAUUUUGUGAUUAUUGUGGUGAGAUUCUUGUUGGUCUUAUAAGACAAGGUCUACAAUGUUCAUUAUGUAAAUGUAAUUUUCAUAAAAAAUGUGCUUUUGCAUCAAGAAAUAAUUGUGCUAAAAAUGAUAAUAAACCAUCAUCUUCACAAAAAUUUUCUAUUGGUGCAGAUGGAUUUAUACAACCACCAAUAUUAAGUGAAGAUCAAUCAUUGACACCAUCUCAAGCUUUUGAAUUACCCCAUACAUUGGCUGUUCAUAAUUAUAAAACUCCUACAAUUUGUAGGGUAUGUGAUAAAAUAUUAUUAGGUCUUAUAAAACAAGGAUUAAAAUGUAGAGAUUGUAAAGUAAAUGUUCAUAAAAAAUGUGCUGGUUUAUUGCCAAUGAAUUGUCAAUUAAGUGAAAGUGCUAUAACACCAAAUAUGGAUAAUACAUCUAUUAAUGAACAAACAUUUCAUAGUGUUUUAAAUUUAAGUUCUAAUUUAGAGGGAUUUGAUGAACAUGUUGAUGAUCAGGAAUCAUUAAUACCUCUAGCAAGAUUACCAGGACAAGCUGCUGUUAGAACACAAAAAAGAGGACCUGUUAUUGAAUCAUGGAUGGUUCAUUUUUUAUUAAAUGAUCCUGAAAGGAGAUUAAAACAUUAUUGGGUGUUGACAGAUGGCAUCAUAUCAUUAUAUAAUGAAUAUAAUGGAGGUGUUAAUCCAUAUCGUGUUUAUAAACAAAUCCAGCUUUCUGAAAUUCUCCUUUUACAGCCAUAUGAUGGACCUCCAGUUCAUCCAAAAUUUCCACCUCAUUGUUUUGAAAUAAGAACAAUUCAUAAUCAAGUUAUUUGUGUCGGUGAAUAUCUUCCUGUUGAUACAUCAAAUCAAAAGAAAUUUUCUACCUCAUCAAAUAUAAAUCAAGCUAUAUGUGUUGUUCAAAAUUGGUAUCAUACAUUACAACAAGCAUUACAACCUCCUCAACUUAAAUCUGAUCCUGUAUCAGCUGAACCUGCUUUACAAUUUGCUCAAUUAUAUCAAGUUCAAAGUGAUAAAAUUCUUGGUAGUGGUCAAUUUGGAACUGUAUUUAGUGGUGUUCAUAGAUUAAGUGGAAGAGAAGUUGCAAUUAAAGUAAUUGCAAAAGAUAGAUUCUCAAAAAAAAAUUCUACUACAAUUGAUACUUUAAGAACAGAAGUUGCUAUAUUACAAAAUAUAAAUUACCAUGGUAUUAUUCGUCUUGAAUCAAUGUUCGAAACAAAAGAUAAAAUUUUUGUUGUUAUGGAAAAAAUGAAUGGUGAUAUGUUAGAAAUGAUUUUAAGUCAAGAAAUGGGUCGUUUAAAUGAAAGAAUUACAAAAUUUUUAAUAAUACAAAUUUUACUAGCACUUCGGUAUUUACAUUUAAAGAAUAUUUGUCAUGCUGAUAUGAAACCUGAAAAUGUACUUGUUAGUGAUAUAACAAUCGCUUUUCCGCAGACAAAAUUAUGUGAUUUUGGUUAUGCACGAUUUAUUGGUGAUGCACAAUUUAGAAAAACAAUUGUUGGAACACCAGCAUAUUUAGCACCAGAAGUUUUGCAAAAAAAAGGUUACAAUAAAAAAUUAGAUAUGUGGAGUUUAUCUGUUAUUAUAUAUGUCACUUUAUCAGGAACUUUCCCUUUUAAUGAUGGUGAAGAAAUAAGUGAUCAAAUACAAAAUGCAGCAUUCAUGUUUCCUAAUGAUCCAUGGAAAGAAAUUUCAAGUGAAGCUGUUGAUUUAAUUCAAAAAUUAUUUAAAGUAGAGAUAGAUGCUCGGUUAUCAAUUGAAGAAACAUUAGCACAUCCUUGGUUACAGGAUCCACAAAUUUUAGCAGAUAUACGUGAUCUUGAAAUACGUCUUGGUAUUCGUUAUAUGUCUACUGAGCUGGAGCAAAUAAUAUCAACUUUUUUUACACCAAUUAUCCCAUCUCGUGUGACAAAUACAAGUCUUAUAUAA